GUAUAUAUUGCGGCUGGGUGUGCCGGCGGGGUGCUUCUUUCACGAGUGCUCGAAACCUGCAGAGUUUAGGGAAGCUCCAUCGCCAGCUUCGUCUGAACCUCUUAUUUCACCUCAUUGUAAUACACGUACUGCGACUUACCGCGAACAAUCAAAAUGCGUGAGUGCAUCUCCAUCCACGUUGGACAGGCUGGUGUUCAGAUUGGCAAUGCGUGUUGGGAGCUCUACUGCCUUGAGCAUGGUAUUCAGCCCGAUGGACAGAUGCCAUCUGACAAAACCAUCGGCGGGGGGGAUGACAGUUUCAACACCUUUUUCAGCGAGACUGGCGCUGGCAAACACGUUCCCAGGGCGGUGUUCAUUGAUUUAGAGCCAACAGUUGUGGACGAGGUUCGAACCGGGACAUACCGCCAACUCUUCCAUCCGGAGCAGUUAAUCACUGGGAAAGAGGAUGCAGCCAACAACUAUGCACGUGGCCACUACACCAUCGGCAAGGAGAUCGUCGAUCUGGUGCUGGACCGCAUCCGGAAACUGGCCGACCAAUGCACCGGACUACAGGGAUUCCUGAUCUUCCAUUCGUUCGGAGGAGGCACGGGAUCCGGAUUCACUUCUCUUCUCAUGGAACGGCUCUCCGUCGAUUAUGGAAAGAAAUCGAAGCUGGAAUUCGCAAUCUACCCAGCACCCCAGGUUUCCACCGCCGUCGUCGAGCCGUACAACUCGAUCCUGACAACCCAUACAACCCUCGAGCACUCCGAUUGCGCCUUCAUGGUCGACAACGAGGCCAUUUAUGAUAUCUGCCGCCGAAAUCUGGACAUUGAGAGGCCAACAUACACAAACCUAAACAGACUCAUCGGCCAGAUUGUAUCCUCCAUCACCGCCUCCCUAAGAUUCGACGGUGCUCUAAACGUCGACCUUACUGAGUUCCAGACCAACUUGGUGCCCUACCCUCGUAUCCACUUCCCACUGGUCACUUACGCACCCGUCAUCUCUGCAGAGAAGGCGUACCACGAGCAGCUGUCUGUCGGAGAAAUCACCAACGCUUGUUUCGAGCCAGCUAACCAGAUGGUCAAGUGUGACCCCCGUCAUGGCAAAUACAUGGCUUGCUGCAUGCUGUACAGAGGUGACGUAGUUCCAAAAGACGUCAAUGCCGCCAUCGCCACCAUUAAGACCAAACGAUCAAUUCAGUUCGUCGACUGGUGUCCCACCGGUUUCAAGGUCGGCAUUAACUACCAGCCCCCAACCGUCGUUCCCGGUGGUGACUUGGCCAAGGUGCAACGUGCCGUCUGCAUGUUGUCCAACACCACGGCCAUCGCCGAGGCAUGGGCUCGUCUUGACCACAAGUUCGAUCUGAUGUACGCCAAGCGCGCUUUUGUCCACUGGUACGUCGGCGAGGGUAUGGAGGAGGGUGAAUUCUCAGAGGCUCGUGAGGAUCUUGCAGCCCUUGAGAAGGACUACGAAGAGGUCGGCAUGGACUCCGCCGAGGGAGAGGGCGAAGGAGCAGAAGAAUUCUAAACCCGCAGCUAAUUCUUGAGAAUUUACCAAAAGUUGAGCGCUGCAUCUGUAUCACAGGCUUUAUUCUGCACGAUAAAAAUCUCGUUUCUAACGUCUUACGACGAAACUCAAGCUAUCUUUUCUAACUCGUGUAACGCUGAAAAACAUUGAUGGAAAUAAAACCAAUUCUAACCCAA